AUGGACGGAGAACCGUUCAUAGCAGACGUCAGGGUGAACGGCACAGACUUCGUGCCAUCUCUUGUCGACUAUGGCUGCCUCUGCUACGGCGCGGUUAGCAAGCGCACAUUUCACUCUCUCCAGUUGCCACAUAUACGCGUUCAGCCGCGUAUCUUGGAGAACGCAGCCGGAGACGGCAAGGAGGUCAAAAUCGACAAGAUCACGUAUGUGUCGAUCGACCUCGAUGGACAUCAGCAGCAUCGUGUUUUCAUGUACGUCAUCGACGAUCUGAACUGGGAUAUGAUCCUGGGUAAACGAUGGAUGGAAGACCAGGAUGUUCACAUCCAUGCGAAGGAAGGAUAUCUCGAGAUCGGGUCCAAUGGAGUUCAAGUACGAGACCGACGACGUUACCAGCCUCCCCAGCUAGAUGUCUCUAAUGUCAUGGCCGCAACCUUUUUAGCAGAAGCACGCCGUGACAAACGCAAAGGCGGCAUUGGAGUUCACUCGGUCACGAUGGCGGAUAUUGACAAGGCCCUAAGACCGAAACCGAAGACUGACAUAAUGGAGAAGCUGCCACCACAGUACCACAAGUGGUCUCGAGCUUUCUCUCAGCAACUGGCCGACCAGCUGCCCCCUCAUCGGCCAGCCCUCCCCUGGGGACCGCUUUACAGCAUGUCCCGCGAGGAGCUAUUGGUGCUACGAAAGACCCUCACAGAACUACUCGACAAGGGAUUUAUUAGAGUCAGCAGUUCGCCAGCCGCAGCACCAGUCCUUAUGAGGGACCGCUAUCCCUUGCCUUUACUGAGCGAGACCUUGCGAACGAUAGCCAAGGGUCGCCCUGGCGACGAAGAAAAGACAGCCUUCAGAACGCGCUAUGGAUCCUUCGAAUGGCUGGUAGUUCCAUUCGGCCUGACAGGCGCACCAGCAGCCUUUCAGCGGUAUAUUAACAGCGUGCUCCAGGAUUACCUCGAUGAUUUUGUGUCAGCGUAUAUCGACGAUGUCCUGAUCUUCUCCUCUGGAAGCCUGCAAGACCACCGCGACAAAGUCGGCAAGGUCCUCCAACGACUGAUGGACGCUGGGCUGCAACUGGACAUCAACAAGAGCGAAUUCGAAGUCAAGGCUGUGAAAUACCUUGGGUUCAUCAUCGAGGCGGAGUGUGGGAUCCGAGUCGACCCAGAGAAGGUUGAGGCUGUGAAGGGAUGGGCAACUCCGACGAAUAUUAAAUCCGACGUGCCAUUCCGUUGGGAUGGAUUGUGCGAAGAAGCCUUCGAGAAACUCAAGGACCUGUUGAUCACGGCCCCGAUCCUUGCACACUUCCAUCCAGAAAGGAGACUAUCGUGGAAGCGGACGCUUCAGGAUUCGCCCGAAGCGAACUACGCUAUCCAUGACAAGGAGCUACUCGCCAUUCUCAGAUGUUUGGAGCAGUGGGAACCAGAGCUACGGGCAGUAGAGCACUUCAAGAUCCUAACGGACCACAAGAACCUGAGAUACUUCUACUCGGAAAGGAGGUUGACAGAGAGACAAGUGCGGUGGUCGGAGUUCCUGUCCAAGUUCCAAUUCAAGCUCGAAUGGAGGCCAGGCCGCAAGGGUGGAUUGCCUGACGCGCUCUCUCGACGGGACCAGGAUAUGCCGGCCAACUACUCCGAUGAACGACUAAAGGGACGCAUUAUGAGGCUAUUCCAAGAUGAUCACCUUAGAAGGAUCCCAAUAUCGACAUUGUCUACCAACACCGAGGGUGCCCAGGAAAUCAACUUCGGAAAAGAGAUUAGGAUAUUUGAAGAUGAGGAGUUACAGCAGCUGUGGCACGCCGCACGCCAAGAAGACAAGCUCUAUCAAGAACUCACGAAGCUGGUAGCAGAUGGAGCGAAGAGUUUGCCAACAGGAUUACAGAAGGAGAAGCCGCUACGUACGAGGAUCAUCCAGGAAACUCACGACUCUCAUAUCACCGGACAUCCUGGAAGGGACCUCACGUACUCGACUCUGUCGAGACGCUUCUUCUGGCCGGGUGCCGCUAGCGAUGUACGUCGCCGCUCCUAUUCCGCAACGCAUAUGGAGCGAAAUUACCAUUGA